CCAGGGGCACAGGGGCGAGCCGGCUGAGCGCGCGCGACGCGGAGCUGGGUUCGGAGAGCGCGAGGCUUGGCUGCCUGGAGAUCCGAGCUGGGCCGUGCGGGGCCCGCAAGGAGCGCACUAAUCUAGGAGGUUGUGAACGAGGGAGUGAGGAGCCGCCUCCAGCGCCGGCUCUCGCACGGAGGGAGCAGAAACCCACCGCAGGCCAUGAGCCGCCGGGCCCCGGGAGCCCCGCCGCGGUCUGGGCAGCGCUCCGCUGGUGCCCUGGCCCGCCCAGCCGCAGCUGCGCGCCUGUAGGGCAGGAAUGAUGGUGGGCAAGACGUUCUGAUGCAGAUGAGGAAACUGAGGCCCUGGGCAUCUGAGUCGCCCACCCACAGUGACACGGCCAGGAAGCAGAGGAGCUGGGAUUCGAGCGCAGGAAGUCUGGCUCCAGACCCCAGGCUUUUAAGCACUCCGCUGCCCCGUGUGUCAAAUGACCAGAUGUGGAGCUGCAGAGGGCUGCGAUGGGACGGAAGCCAUGAAUGGUGCCGCCUCGGUCCCUGACUGGCGGCAGUUCUGUGAGCUGCAUGCGCAAGCUGCUGCCGUGGACUUCGCGCACAAGUUCUGCCGCUUCCUGCGGGACAACCCGGCCUACGACACACCGGACGCCGGGGCCUCCUUCUCCCGCCACUUUGCCACCAACUUCCUGGACGUCUUCAGCGAGGAGGUGCGCCGCAUGCUUGUGGCCGGGGUGGCCGAGCACCCUGACGCCAUGGAUCCGGAGCCGGUGGCGCUCAAAGCAGCAUCAUGCAGCCACUCGCGGAGCUCCGAGGACGUUUCGGCCCAAGUGGCAGCCAAGGCCCGCGUCCGCAAGGGCUUCUCACUGCGUAACAUGAGCCUGUGCGUGGUGGACGGCAUGCGCGAUAUAUGGCACCGGCGCGCCUCUCCCGAGCCCGAUGCCACCCCGCGUGCCACCGAGUCGCCGGCUGAACCACGUGACAAGUGGACUCGGCGCUUGCGGCUGUCACGGACGCUGGCAGCCAAGGUGGAGCUGGUGGACAUCCAGCGCGAGGGUGCACUGCGCUUCAUGGUAGCGGAUGAUGCGGCCACGGGCCCGGGGGGCGCCGCCCAGUGGCAGAAGUGCCGCCUGCUCCUGCGCAGGGCCGUGGCAGGAGAGCGCUUCCGCCUAGAGUUCUUCGUGCCACCCAAGGCCUCCAGGCCCAAGGUCAGCAUCCCUCUCUCAGCCAUUAUCGAGGUCCGCACCACCAUGCCCCUGGAGAUGCCAGAGAAAGACAACACGUUCGUGCUCAAGGUGGAGAAUGGAGCAGAGUACAUCCUGGAGACCAUCGACUCCCUGCAGAAGCACUCGUGGGUGGCCGACAUCCAGGGCUGCGUGGACCCCGGGGACAGCGAGGAAGACACAGAGCUGUCCUGCGCCCGGGGGGGCUGUCUGGCCAGCCGAGUGGCCUCCUGCAGCUGUGAGCUCCUCGCUGAGGCAGUGGACCUGCCCCGGCCCUCAGAGACAACGGCAGCUGUGGUGACAGCCCCACACAGCCGAGCUCGAGACACCAUCAGCGAGUCCCUGGUCCACGUCCCACUGGAGUCCUUCUUGGAGACCCUGGAAUCCCCAGGCGGCAGCGGUGGUGACAGCAAUAAGACAGGGGAGGAGGGAGCGGAGCGUGACACGGAGGUGGCACCAGAGCCGGAGCUCUCUGACUACCCCUGGUUCCACGGGACCCUGUCCAGGGUCAGGGCAGCGCAGCUGGUGCUGGCAGGAGGGUCCCGCAGCCAUGGCCUCUUCGUGAUCCGCCAGAGUGAAACUCGGCCUGGGGAGUAUGUACUGACCUUCAACUUCCAAGGCAAGGCCAAGCACUUGCGCCUGUCCCUGAAUGGCCACGGGCAGUGCCACGUGCAGCACCUGUGGUUCCAGUCGGUGCUGGACAUGCUGCGCCACUUCCACACCCACCCCAUCCCCCUGGAGUCCGGCGGCUCGGCAGACAUCACCCUGCGCAGCUACGUGCGGGCCCAGGGCCCCCCACCUGAACCGGGCCCCUCGCCCAGCGCCUUGCCUGCGCCCCCCGCCUGCUGGAGCGAGCCGGCAGGCCAGCAUUACUUCGCCAGCCUCGCUGCCGCCUGUCCGCCUGCCUCGCCCUCUGAGGCCGGCGGCGCCUCGUCCUCCUCCGCCUCGUCGUCCUCAGCUGCAUCCCUGCCCGCCGCCCCGCGCGUCGCCGCCGAGGGCCCGCCGAGCGCGCGCAGCCGCAGCAACAGCGCCGAGCGGCUGCUGGAGGCGGCGGGCGCUGCGGACGAGCCCCCCGAGGCCGCGCCCGGCGAGGGGUCGCGCGGCCGCACGCGGGCGGUGGAGAACCAGUACUCCUUCUACUAGCCCGGCGCGGGCGGCGCUCAGGCCCCGCCGUGCGACCGCCCUCGUGUCCAUCCGUCCAGCGGACCCUGUCGGCCCCAGCCUGGGCGCUGGGUGGGAAAAGCGAAGCUCUUCAGUGAAGACAUAAAUGUUAUUAAAGAGCCUGUUUUAGGGACUGCA